AUGGGUGCGGGCACGGCGGGGCCCGCACCGCACCCCCGGCCUCGUUGGGCAGCCCCUGGAAGCCCCCCGGUGCGCGCUGCUGCAGCCUCAGGGGGGGCUCGGCUCCGGCCCCUGCUGAGCGGGGACACGGCCCCAGCACGGCCCCAGCACAGCCGCAGGGCCAGCACCGCGUGGUGGGGACGCCCGGAGCAUCCCAAAGCCAAGCCAGUGGCACCACCUCUGGGCCUGCAGGGUGAGCUCGGGCAGCAGAGGAUCCGCCCCCCCUUCCCGCAGCCCAGCGUCCCCCCGCUGACGGAGGCGGCGGCCAGGAGAGCCCUGCUGCGCUUCGUGGCCGCCAGGCGCUGCUACGGGAGCAGAGCGGCGGCGGAGCUGGUCAUCCGGGAGCUGCGCCCGCACGUCACCUACCGGUAUCGACUGGAGACUUUCAGUGAAUCACGGUUAAGCGAGUGGGCAUUUGAGCCCUUCACCAAGCCCGGAGCAUCCAGACCCCCUGGGGACAUCCCCCCAGACCUCUGGGACGUGGAGGUCGGGGUCCCCCCGCUCUUCCAGGGCCAGACACGGCGCUGCCGGGUGCCCCGCUCAGCGCUGGUCAGGGAGUGUCACAGGUGCCACGGUCGUGGCCGAUCACAGUGCGGCGCGUGCCACGGUGCGGGCCGGGCGAGGUGCGUGACGUGCAGGGGGUCCCGGCGGAGGCUAAAGCAGCAGAGGUGCCAGCUCUGCUCCGGCACGGGCCGCAGCAGGUGCAGUACCUGUUCCGGCCGGGGCAGCAAGACGUGCACAACAUGCCAAGGAGAGAAAAAGCUCCGGCACUUCAGGCAGCUGGUGAUAACCUGGAGGAACAAUGUUUUUGAAUUUGUUUCUGAGCAUCACCCGAACUUCCCAGGGGAGCUGCUCAGCAAAGUCAGUGGCGAGAAUAUAUUCAAAGAUGAAAACGUGGUGGUGUACCCCAUCGUUGACUUCCCUGAGCCCGCCAUCUCCCGGGCCUCGCGGCGCGCCAUCGCCGAGCACAGCGCGGCGUUUGCCAGCUCCUCCCGCAUCCUGCGGCAGCGUCAAACUGUCGAGCGAAUCCCCAUCACAGAAGUGCACUACCAGUACUCAGGGAAGCCUUACCUCUAUUACAUCUACGGGCUCGAAAACAAGGUGUACGCGCUGGACUACCCCGAGAGGUGCUGCUGUGGCUGCAACAUCGUGUGAGGGCCCUGGGGCGCGGCAGGGCCCUGUGGGCGCUUUCCUGGCGUGCAGCACAGGGCUGCGAGCUGCAGUGAGGCCGUGCUGCCCCCAAACUGCCGGCAUCUCACAGCCCUGCCGGCCCCAGACCUCCCGCUGGGCGCAGGAUCAGGCUUUUGGGUAGAGAUUUCCCUGCUGGAUGCUUCCCUUCCUUGCUGUAAUGCUGCAUCAUUAAAGCGAUGCCUAUUGACAGAGACAUUUUCAGUCCA